AUGCGGCAGGCGUUCAUAUCGGAUAUCAGAGCUUGCCAAAACAAGGAACAAGAGCAGAAGCGUGUGGAAAAGGAGCUGGCGAAGAUCAGGGCGAAGUUUGGAGAGGACAAGGCACUUUCGGGCUAUGAUCGGCGCAAAUACAUAUGGAAGUUGCUCUACAUUUAUAUGCUGGGCUUUGACAUUGACUUCGGCCAUAAGCAGGCUUGUGACCUGAUUCCAAUGCCGAAGUACUCUGAUAAACAAGUCGGUUACAUGGCCUGUUCUCUUCUCCUUCAAGAGAAUGACGAGUUUCUGCGCCUGGCCAUCAACGCCAUCCACAUGGACCUCACGAGCCGUAAUGAAGCUUUCCAGGCGCUGGCACUGAGCUUCGUGGGCAACAUUGGAGGCGCCGAGAUGGCUGAAGCGCUGACUGUCGAUGUCCUGAAGCUGCUGACGAGCGGUGCAACGCGGCCACUCAUCAAAAAGCGUGCAUCGCUCUGCCUGCUUCGACUAUUGCGAAAGACGCCCCCGGACGCGCCACUGAUGGUCUCCGCGGACACGUUUAGCCCCGCUAUGGGCGCGCUGCUGGAGGAGAGGGACCUUGGGCUGCUGCUUUGUGCGGUGACGCUUCUCCACGGCGUGGUGCAGCAGUCUGGCACGAGCGGCUAUGAGACGUGCCAGGGCCGCGUCAUCAAAAUCCUGGAGCGCCUAGUUCGGGAGCGUGAGCGCAUUCCGCCGGAGUACCUGUACUAUGGCAUCCCUUCGCCGUGGCUACAGGCUCGCUGUCUGCGGGCGCUUCAGCUGUUCCCGCCGCCCGAUAGCACGUCGGAGCGGAAGACGCUCCACGACGUGCUGCAGAACAUCAUUGCAGUCACAAGCGGCGAGGCGGCAAAGAACGCUAAUCCCAACAAGGCAAAUGCGCUGAACGCCAUUCUCUUCGAGGCGCUGGCCCUGGCGCUGCACCACGCGGCUGCCAGCAGCGCCACGGUCGGGGGCGACUCAGCCAGCGACAAGGCGACGCUGGACUCUUGCCUGAUCCUCUUGGGCAAAUACCUGGCUGGCAAGGACGCGAAUGCCAAGUACCUGGCGUUGGACUCGCUUGCUCGGCUGUCCAGCACCAUGCCCGAGGUGCUGCAAGCUGCUCGAGGGUACCGGGAAACGGUCAUGGCUAGCCUCAAGGAUCCGGACGUGUCCAUCCGGCGGCGUGCGUUGGACCUGCUGUUCGCCAUGUGCGACGCGCAUUCAGCAACCCAAGUGGUAUCCGAGUUACUCAAGUACCUGGUGACAGCGGACUUCAGCGUGCGAGAGCAGCUGGUGCUCAAGAUCGCCAUCCUGGCCGAGAAGUACGCACCUAGCAUGCAAUGGUACAUGGACGUGGUGCUUCAGCUGCUGGAGCGAUCGGGGGACUUCGUUUCGGAUGAGAUCUGGCACCGCGCCGUGCAAAUGGUCACGAACAACCCCGUGAUGCAGGAGUACGCAGCGCGCAAUGUCGCAGAGGCACUCAAGCGGGGUGCUGCACAUGAGUCGAUGGUGUGCACCGCGGCCUACAUCCUGGGCGAGUACGGCCGGCUAAUCCGUGCCGAGGUUCCGCCCGCAGAGCAAUUCCGGUUGCUGUUCGCGGCCUUCCCUGCCGCCUUGCCUCCCACCAAGGGGCUACUCAUGACGGCGUUGCUCAAGAUUUAUUUGCUGGAUCCCAGCAACGCCACUCUGUCCCGCGAAGUGCGCGACCUUUUUGAGCGGUACAAGCGCUUCAUGGAUGCGGAGCUGCAGCAGCGGGCCACGGAGUAUCUGCAGGCCCUCGCCUCGAACCCCGCCGCCGCCGCAAACUAUAUCCUGCCCAUGCCGGCCUGGACUAUUCGGGAGUCGUCACUCAUGAAGCGGCUGCAGGGUGAGGUGGGAGCUGGUGGGGCAGGCGACCCUGGCGGCUCCGCAGCUGACCUGCCCUCCACCAACGCCGGCGCCAACCCAGCGCCUCUGCUGUCCGUGCCCAUGCCUAGCGGCCCCGGGGCAACGCCAGCAGCAGCUGAUCUUCUGUCCUUGGAUUCAGGCUCCGCCGCUGCUGCCGCGGCGGCGACUGCGCCAGCCAAUGGCGUUGCCGCGGCGGCUGCGCCGCCUCCACCACCACCCAAGGCACCUGUCGACUUGUUGUCCGACCUUUUCGGUGAUGUUAUCAGCAGUAGCAGCGCGCCCACUCCCGCAGUGAUGACAGCGACGGCGCCGCCGCCGGCAGCGGCGCAGCCAGCGCCGAGUCCUGCCCUGCCAUUCCCCAGCGUUCCAUCAGCGCCGGUGGGUGUGACUGGUGGCCCUGUGCCCACAGCGCCAGGUAUCUACCCUGGCGCGAUGCCUGGCUUCCCAGGAAUGGUGCCUUCAGCCGCGGCGGCGUUCCCGUCGAUGCCAUACGCCGCGGUGGGCACAGCCAACCCCUUUGCUGCCAAUCCAUUUGCAGCUGCCGCAGCUGCGCCGCCACCACCAGCACAUCUGCCGGCAGCUGUACUGCCGGCUGCAGCGCCGCUGGCGGCUCCUGUUGCUGCUGGCGCGGAUCCAUUUGGGGACAGCCACUUUGCGCCGCCGCCGCCACCGCCCCCAGUUGCCGUUACCAUGCCGCCACAGCCGCCGCCUGUGGACCCACCGCGACCUGUGGGUGAUGUGGAAGCUUGGUACUCUGCCCUCAUUCUCAAGGAACGCGGCAUCCUUUACGAGGACCAGUACCUGCAAGUGGGGCUCCAGUCGCAGUACACUCGGGGCCGGGGCACCGUGGUGCUCUACCUGGGCAACAAACAUGCGUCGGCCCAGCUCACGGGUGUUGCACUCGCCGUGGCAGCGCCCUCGCCAGGAGUCCAGGUAAUCGUGGCGCCUGUUCCAAUGGUGCUCGAGACCAAGCAGCAGGUGCAGGUCCCGCUCACGCUCACGUGCCUAGCACCCUUCGCGGAGCCGCCUGUGCUGUCGCUGUCCUACGCGCUGCGUAUGCCGACGGCCAUGCACAAGUUCAUGGUUCCGGAGCCGCACGUCCCCAAGGAGACCUUCUUUGAACAUUGGCGCUCCGCACCGCCGCACUGCAAGGCCCAGGAGAUGGUGGACCGGGGCAUGGGGGGGCCGCUGUCGCCGGAGUCCGUGCAGAGCCUGAUGCGGCUGUUUCACUUGGGUGUGGAGCACGGCUACCUGGAUCCUUCUCCACACAACGAGGCAGGAGCCGCUUACUGGGGCUGUGGCCCUCAGGAGGCGCAGCGCAGCGUUAUCUGCUGCUGCCGCGUGGAAGCUAAUCCGCAGAAUCGCGCGCAGUUCCGCGUGACGGUGGUUUCGGAGCAGCCGGAGCUGGCGAAGGCAGUGCACUCGCUGCUGGUGGCGCAAAUCCACGGGGCACCAGCGUCGCAAUGA